ACUGUAAUAGGAUGGGUUUUGAAUUAAAAAUUAACUUAGGUAGUUAAGUCUGCAGUUAAGUAGAGGUGAAAUAUUUCAACUAUGACAUCAGGUACAUGCCCUUUCCUUAAAAGUGACUGCAGUUUACCUCCCAGUUCCAGCUAAAUGAACUGUAGAUCUGACUGCAGCAUUGCUAACAAGUACAGAAAAUAUCAGGAUGCAGUUGUGUGUUUAGACACAUUGAUGCCAUUUGUAAAUCUUAAAAAUGUAUCUGUAAUCUUAAACAAGUUUUCCAACGUCAAGUACAGUAUUUAUAUAUAUAUCAACACAGUACUUAUUGACACAUGGAGUGGGUGUGACACCUGAAACAAACACAUAAGUAAAACCAGGAAGUAGUUUUACCUUUAUUAUAACUGAUGGUUAAAACACUAAAAUGCGAUGGAGUUAAGAUCUCUUAUCUUUCAGGAAUUUUGAGAACCGAAAAAAAAAGCUCUUACCUGGACACGAUCUGGCCGAGAAUGACAAACCCAGGACAAGGAUGAGGAAGAGCAUCCUGGUUAAAAACUCCUUCAUACCUGACUGAGUGGAAAUCCGUGUUGUCACUGGAGGAGCCUACAGAAGACUGCGUCCUGAUGUUGCAGUGCAGCCUCCUUCUGGGAAACCAAGCAAUGCGGCUGAACCAGAUUCAAGGGCCAAGGGACAAGCCUGCAGGAGGUGCAAUCAGAGGGAUUGAAAAGGCAGCAAGGACGGCAGCUUCCAAAUUGGGAUCAGUAAAGUCCAAUCCAUCCACCCAUCCAUCCAUCCAUCCAUCCAUCUAUUGUUGUGUUUCAUGAUGAACCCAAAUACACAACAAAACAGACGGAAAUGCAGGUCCUCACGGAAAACUAACUGGUUCCUUUUGGUGACUUUAAUUCCGAAACCACAUAACCGGAUGCAGUAUGGUGUCCUUCCGUCUGGCUUUACGGCCCGCUCGUCACUGCUGCUACACUGUUUCUGCUUCAUGCAGGUGGAAUCUGCGCAACAACGUCCCUCAGUGUGAAGAUCUGCAACAAGCAACGAGACUCAUCCACAACACAGGACUGUGUUUACAGCCGCAGACCAAAGUGCAAACGAAUAGCACCGGAAAUUCAUCUGCCACCUGGACCUAUGGUUUCACUUGAUGCGCGUCGGUCCAUUGCGAUUUAAAGACUUAGUUAGUAAAAUAAAUUUAAACGACCGGAAUAACAAACGAUGUUGUGAUGUUGUCAGACUGAGAAUCUGUCCGGGAGCCGCAUAUGAUGCCACACGGUCCUGGACAGAGUCGUUCCUACUACAUCGUUGUCCAACAAACCAAAAGGACGUAAAUUCUCUGUCUCUGCGGAUUUUUUCACGUCCUAAACACAGACGCGAUGGAUGAAGGCGCUGUCAACGAAUCCACCCCCGAUUUGAGAGACAUAGAGAUGAAGCUCGGCCGUAAGACUCCCGAAGGUUUGCUCAGGUGUCUGCGGGAAGAGGCGUCCUCUUUCCGGGGAGAAGCGAAGCUGGCUGUCGCUCACGACGGUGGCAAGGAGACCGGAAAGAAGAGUUUGGAUGAAAAGAUCAGGAAACUGAAGAUGGAGAUGGCUCACUUGCGCUCUGUGGAUGUAAAGAUCCUGCAGCAGCUGCUGGCCGUGCAUGAAGGUAUCGAGGCGGUGAAGUGGCUGCUGGAGGAGCGCAGCACGCUGACCAGCCGAUGCAGUAGCCUCACUAGCAGCCAGUACAGCCUCGGCGAAGGCCCAGACACCUCCUGGAGAGGUUCCUGGAGCAGCCUGCACGACCCCAAUGAUAAGCUGGACAACAUUUCCAUUGGCAGUUACCUGGACACGCUGGCUGAUGACAUGGACGAAUACUGCGCUUCCAGCUCAGAGUCAGUCAUCUGUUCUGGAGUGCCACCGGUUUCUGAGGCUGUUGCUGGGGCUUUAACAGCAGGAGCCCCCGUCGCAGCUGCUGGGGCUGGUGUGAGGUCGGAUACUGCAGCUCGGCUUAGAGCUGUUGGAAAUGACCAUAAAAUUAAGGUUGGAAGUGGAACUGAGGUAAAAGGAAGACCUGGAUCAGCGGUAACUGGUGCUGUCACCGGGGUCACUGAGGCUGUGAAUAGAAAAACAGUUGUUUCUGUCAACAAGACCGAGGGCUCUAAACAUGAUGCUCCUGUUUGGACCAAGACUGCAGACACGAUUCAGACACAAUCUGUAAAAGCUAACAAUGUCCUGGAGAAGCCCGCGGCACAAACAGGAAGCCCAGCCAAGGUCAACCUCUCCAAGAAACUGGGAAGCAGCCAGAGUCCCAAAGUUAAACCAUACAAAAAUGGAAAAAUUGAGAUGGACACUUGCAAAAUUAACGGCAAAACACACCUAGAGUACGAUGCUCACUGGCGAUGGGUGCAGUCCCAGGAAGAUGUUACAUUUCUGUAACAUAGAACCAUAAAUAUCUGUUGCCUGGUCCCUUUGAACACUGAAUGAAGAUUAUUUAGUGAAAGAGACUGAUCGUGAAAGAGAAAGAACAUGUUUUGUUCUUUCUUUUUCCUUAAUGUGACUGCACUAACUUUCUAUAACACAAUGAUGUCAGUAUUGAGAUGGAUGCACAUGCAGGAUUUUAAUGCUAAAACGUACACAAAGACUAAGUCACACAAACCUAGGAAACAUUUGAAAUAGUUCUCAGGACCUUUCUUGGCAUUCCCAGAUUUUAUUUUAUUUUAUUUUAUUAAUCAAGCACAGGAAAUGCAGGACCAUUAAAGUGGAAAAUAUUGAAAGAUUGUAAUGUAGUAGAGUCUAAUGAAAAACGGAUGAAAAAAAGUGUGGUCUCAACAGUGGAUUUGUGUAUUAUGGGGGAUUUUUGUUCUCUAAUUCGCUUCUUAGUUUUUUGUGUCCUUUGAUCUUGGGUAGUCCCAACUUCUAAGUUUAGAAGCAUUACUGACUGAUCCCCCUCUAUUGACCCCUACUCAACAUUUCUGAGGGCUGCAAAUGAUAUCAGCUUGUAUAAGUUACAAAAAUGACUAUAAAUCGUUAAUGCGUUCCCCUAAACUCUUAGCAUGAGAGGGAUGUGAUGUUAUUGUCAAUAUCACAGUAUUGCAACGUCCACACUUGUAGAGCGCCACGCUAUUUUGUCAUCUGUUAGCCACGGUGGCUAUGUUAGCCUUGCUGCUAGCUUAGCAGUGAUGGCGUUUCUCCUUUGCCCAUUGUUUUUAAUUGUUCUUCAUUGUUUUUAAGUGAUAGUGGUAAAUUGGUCAAGUUAAAAUUUUCCUUCAACAGUAAAGAUAAUUAUCUUUUCAGUUUUGGAACAUUUGGGGGUUUUUUUUUAAUGUUUU